UUAUAGUUGCAUUAGAGGCAAUGGAGUCAUUCAGAUUCAUCUCCUGUGGAACAUGAAUGCUGUUGAGACAUCACCCCACGUCCAAAGCCAUUUGACGAGGACGGAGGUCUGAGAGGCCCCCUGGGAACCGGGGACUUUUCAAGGGGUAUUGUUUGCAGUCUGAGUCACUCUGUAUUUACAUCAGUGUGUAGCACGGGGCAAAGUUCGCACUGAGUUUGGUAAUAUUUAACAGGACAGUUUUUGGGUGACAUGGCAGAGCGGCAAGAGUGAGGAGAAGGCAGCGUUGUUGACAUGAAUCCAGGGACACCAAACCGAGCAUUGAACAAUGGAUUGACUGGAUCGACUGAUUAAACAUGGACCUCUUUUAUCUGCUCGUGCUCCUACUUUCAUUCACGAUUCAAGUCAGAGGUCAGAUGAAGCUGUCGCCUGAAAUACUAACCGUCCUUCGAGGAGAGGAGGCCCGGUUUGCCUGCAGUACCUCCAACACUCAGUGGACUGUUAUGUUGUGGCUGCUGAACGGCACAGCGGUUCUCACCAUCUCCAAGGAGUUCGGUGUCCUGCCCUCCAUCAACCCUAAUGUGACGGCCGAGACAAGCCUCGUCUCACAUGGAGACAGCUGGGUGUUUGUCCUGAAGAGCACAGAGAGGCGCGACCAGGGACCGGUGACCUGUGACCUCCAGGGCAUUGAUAGGAAAACAGCCAGCCUGUUUGUACAAGAAAAGGGCAGCGUGAAAGUCUUUGGGGACAACAAGUUGGCUUUUCAGGGUCAGUCGGUCCUGUUUGAAUGCCAAGCAGCAGGAUGGUACCCUCAACCCGCUUUGCAAUGGCAGGUGAAUGACAAAAAGGUGAACCAGGGGGAAUACAACAUCAGCAGUGAAGAGUCAGGGAAGAGCCUCUUCACUGUAACCAGCAACCUCAGCGUGAGGGCAGUGAAGAGCUCUCAUGUGGCUUGUCUGGCCUCCGUGUCGGCCCUCGCCACACCACUGAGGAGCAGCGUCCGUCUGACAGUGGUUGCAGAGGUGGUGCAGGAGGAAGAUGACUGCACGGCCCCUCUGGCAGUAACGGCCUCCCUCUCUGCUCUUCUGCUGCUCCCCCUGCUCUGCGUCUGCACCGUCCUCUGGCUCCGACAAAGGAGACAAGCAAAACCGAGCCCACGGGAGGCAAUACGGUUCGACCAAUCAGUGAGCGGGAGAAGCUCGGUUGCUGAGGCGACAGGAGGGAAGGUCAACCUGGGAUAUUCUGGCGAGGGCCCCACAGAUGCAGUUAUCAAUGAGCUAAUCAUGGAAACUCGUAGGCAGGAGGACUUUGUCGGCUUUCACAAGCUGGAGUUUCUACCACAUCCUCCCAUGUUGAUGGGAACAAGCUACACUGCUAUCCUGUUGGACCCCCCCCCCCUGUUCUCCCAGUAGACAGCUUGAUGUUAGACAGGGAUGUGGAAUAACAUGCUUUCUGGCACAGCUCCACAAAAGGCCAUCAGCAGUAUUUUUUAGCUUACACGGCAGUAAAGUGGCGCCAUCAUCAUCAUCAUCAUCAUCAUCGUGUUGUAUCGUCUAAAUAAUGGGAUGAUCUCAAGGUGUUCAGGCUGGCAUGGAGGAAACUGAGGAAUAUAUUGUUAUAUUAAUAUGAAUAUAUACUGUAUUGAUAUCGUGUUUAAUAUCCUGGUAUCACACAUGAAUGGAGGAGGGACAAGUCUUCCCUUCUGUACUGGGGUAUGUGACCUCUUUUCCCAAUUAGGUCUGAUGUAGAGCAGCUCUGUCUUGAGGUCACAAGUUCAGUUCUGAUUCACUGCCUUUGAAGUAAUGAGUUUGAGUUUGGUAAUAGGAUUGCCUUCUCUGGAGGGACUAAAGGGUGAAGACAGUUUCUGGAUUUUAAAGCAAUAGUUGUCCUCCAGUCGUCCUCGGAUAUGUCAGCGUGGAAAAUACGUUACACAAAAACCUCCACAGUGCCACUGCUGCUGUAGGAGAAAGGUUUCAGGACAGGAAUCUCUGUGUCUUUGUUGCCAAUCUACAGUGUGUAUCGUCACUAAAAUGUAAAUGUGAUGGUGUGUGUCCCAGGUCCCUGAUGUCGUGUAUUCCAGCAGUGUGUCUCCACACAGUGAGGGCCCACCCCAGGUGUGUCUAUCAGAGGAAAACUCCAAGAAUGUCAGGAGAAUUACCACAGUUUGAAAUAUGAUAUUCAAUACAAAGAAAUGUGGUGUCAAUGAUGUACACUGUUGUACAGUUCAGUAUUUACAGGUGGGGCCCCUCACCAGUGUUACAUUUAUGUAAAGCUGUAAGCUAAUGUUAUGUAAUCUUUAGCUGAAUGUGUGCAGCACAUUAUUUAAAAAAAUAUAUUUUAAUGUACCUUCAAAAAUGUGAACAUUGUUUUUAAAAUGUUCAAUUAAGUGUUGUGCUCCUUUAUGUUCUUGGCGUACAUCUUCACAGUAUAUAGUUUGAGCAGGCCAUGUAAUUUUGACCAAAACUAGACAUACACUAUACAGUGUGUACAUUCAUUACUUUAUAUAUAUUUUUGCUGCUUUGGCCAUCAUUUGGUUAAGAUAACAUAUUACCCACUAAGUAAACAAGAUCAAAGUUGUAAUGAACCAGAAUGAUCAUGUAACGUACUAUUUAGAAAGUGUGAAGGCUUAAAAAUGUUUUAAUUAUUUAUCGAAUGCACUCUUGGUUCGUCUCUUCAAUAAUUAUUGUCAGAGAAAUAUGCAUGAUUUAAAGGGACUCCCUGAGCUGUUGCAUGUUGAUUGAUAUAAAUGUUACAUCAUUAAAAAUCUAAUCCUGUUUUCGGGAAAGCCAUGCC